AGGCCAGCCAGGCGCCAGUGUUUACCUCGCUGAGCUGUGGCAAGACGUGUAUCGAGGACUUGUGUGUGUCAUUCCGUUAGCCGUUUAUAAUGACAGAGCGCCCUAAGCUAGUGUCAGAGUCCAUCCAAGAGGUGUCACAGCUGGUGUGGGGACCAAACAUCAGGCCAGAGUUGUUCGCUAGGUGGUCACAAGGUUUUAUCUUCAGUGGGGAUGAGAGAACAGCUUUAAUACAGACAAGUGGAGGACCAUGUGCUGUCAUUGCCCCUGUGCAGGCUUUCUUAAUAAAAAACUUAAUUGCAAGUUACCAGUUUUCACAACUCAGGGAGAUUGAUAGUACAACAGUGGACCAAUAUUUAGCAGCAGCCUUGACUGAAAUCCUAUGUCAGUGUAAACAGCUGGUCUCUGUAGCAGGCCAUGCUGGAGAUAAGUCCAGCUCCUCCUCCAGCACUGAGGACAGUGGCUCCCCCACCCACCAGGACCAUGGCCCCUUUCACAUAGCCUGCCUGGAUGACCCACUCUCUCUGAGUAGUGAGUGUCCAGGCUCCAGUCCAACAGAGCCUGAUCAACCUUCCUCUACACCAAGUGCCAAAGAUUACAGUUUGUUCCACUCCAGUGUUAGAUUAAGGGAUUUUGAAAAUGCUCACUCAUUGCAGAGUCAUUUAGAAACUCACCUGGAUAGGUACAAAGCCCAGUAUGGGGUGCUGUUAUUCUUAUACUCCGUUAUCUUGACAAAGGGUGUUCGAAAAGUGAGGGAGGAGAUGGGUGACCUUGGGGAGAGCCUGAUUGAUGCAACACAAGGCCAUGGGGGACAAGGCCUCAUCAACCUCCUCAUCACUGGCCGUGCCUCACCCUAUGUUUGGGAUGGCAUCAAGAAUGUGGGUGGCCUUGACCUGGUUGGUGUUUUGAAGCGGCCUGCAGUGGGGUUCCUGACACGGCUGGAGCACCUACGCUACGUUCAGGUGGGAUGGUACCUUAAGAACCCCACCAGCCAGGUGUGGGUCAUGGCCUCAGAGACUCACCUGUCAGUGGUGUUCUCUUGGUGCAAGAAGCUGGUGACACCUGACUCUGAAGUGGAGCGAGCAAAGCAGGUGUUCAGCUGGUACGACACGGAGGGCAACCACUUCAUCCAGGCUGAGAAGCUGAAGGAUGUCCUCGAGAAACUCAACCUGUGCACCGAUGAUGACUUUAUCCAAUUCUUGAUGGCUGAGCUUGACCCAGACAGCAUGGGAGUGAUCCUCUACCACAAAUUUAUUGAAACAUUAUUCACACCAGACCAGUCAUACUCUCCUCCAGACACUUUUCUUAUCCACCACUACAAUGGCUUGGAGUCAUCGUGUCCAGUCAACAAGAUUCAGUAUGCUGAAGGGCGUGUCACUCUGCAAGAGAGUCACGUUGGGUUUACCUCAGGUAAUUGUGAGUUCCUAAGUUGCCUUGCAACUAAAUGGCCAAAUGUGGAUGUGCAGUGGUCAACAUUCACCCCAUCACUCAACUAGGGUGAGCCUCACCUGCUGCCAUCAGCCCGCCAUGUACUGAAUCACAGGUUGACUGGAAAACCAAUUUCCUGAUGAAAGUCCUGUUUUAGGCUUGAAUAUGCAGUAAAGCCUCACUGCAUCACACUACUUUGCAAUUGCCAUGUCCAGGCAAAAAUUGUCUGUAUUCAAAGCUUUAAAAAUCAUGGAAAUUCUGUUGUCAUUUGUUUAGCCAAGAGCAUAAGUUAGUUUUGAAUAUAAUAGAAUUAUAUUUGCUAGAAUUGUCCACAGGUACGUCUAACCUUUUUCACAUGUUUUAAUAAUCUGUACUCUUUUUUUUGGUGUGUGUGUGUGUGUGUGUGUGUGUGUGUGUGUGUGUGUGUGUGUGUGUGUGUGUGUGUGUGUGUGUGUGUGUGUGUGUGUGUGUGUACACAAGAUUGCAUUUCUCACAGAAGCCAUUCAGGUUUCUUGUUUGCUUUUUGAAAAAUUGUGACAAAGCUAGUAGAAGAAGAGAUUUUAGUUUGGUGCAGAACUGUACUGUUAUCUGUCUGAAGUGGCAGCUAGGGUGUGGUUAGGGUGAGGGUACAGCUCUGCUACUUUUUCCUGAACAAAACUAGGUGGGUCACCUCCCAGGGGACACAGCAGGUGAGUUGUGUGCACUUCCCUUUUUGCAGUGACUUCAAGGUUCUAUUUUUAUUAUUAUUUAUGCAUAUGUGUAUUUCCUAUUUGUAUUCCUUCAGAUUAUCUUAUAAGUUUUAUUAUUGAAUAUUUCUUUAGGGAAAUACCAUGAUACUUGUAUCAACAUAUCUAUUAUUUAUUCUAUCAUAUUUGUAGUGCCCUUUACAAAUGUCAGAAUAUGUAAUGUAGUUUUAGAAAAGUGGCAUAACUGUACCAAUGUCUUGACCACAUUUUACCUGCCUAAAUGGUUGGGUUUCAUUAGAGUGAAUCAGUGACCUUGAGCAGCACAGAACUUGCAAGGUGUGUGUGUGUGUGUGUGUGUGUGUGUGUGUGUGUGUGUGUGUGUGUGUGUGUGUGUGUGUGUGUGUUUCACCACAGUCACCUACUGGUCACCCAGCCACCCUUUCCUCUACGAAAAGAGCGCAGAGCUCAUACUGACCAAUCUUCGAGUAGGACUGAGACCAUGCCACACACUGGAACAGCGAGGUCACAACCCCUCAAAUUACGUCCCGUACCUACUUGAUGCUAGGUGAACAGGAGCUACACAUUAAGAAACCCAUCUAUUUGCCUCACCAUACCCGUGAUUUGAAUCGAGGCCCUGUUGGUUGUAAGCCAAGUGUGCUAAUCAGUACACUACAUGGUUUAGUGGUUUGGAGUGUGUGUGUGUGUGUGUGUGUGUGUAUGUGUGUGUAUGUGUGAAUGUGCAUAUUUGCAUAUGCUUACACUGUGCAGUAGCAUGGAUGUAUUGCAUGUGUAAUGUCCAUUGUUGGUGUCAUAAGCACAUGUAGGAUCCAGUUUGCUCAUACUUUAUCACUUGCUUACAUUGGUUUUGAGAUCCAAGCUGCAUAUUACACCAUCCAAUAAAUCUGCUCUCUCAUUAGUUAGACUCUCAUGGAUAAAGAUUUGGUGAAGUGAGGAUUUACUGUAUACUGAAAACUGCUUUUGGUGAAAAGCCUUUUACAUCACUGUAAAUCCCUAAUUUUAUGUCUAUUAAUCAAACACUGCACAGAAGAUUUACUACAGAUAAACUGUGAUUGGCAAUGAUGAGAAAAAGUCUCAUUGAAAUUGUCUCCAUUUCACUAAUGAUAUCAAACUUAUACAUAUAAUGAAAUCAUUGUGUAUAAAAGAUUAACUCUCAAUGUUAAAUACUUCUACACCUAAUAGUGCAAGGAAUCACAAGUGCAUUAUAUUUUCUGGAUUUGUUUAUGUGAUAUAUAGUAUAUGUGUAUAUACAUGCAAAGUGUUAACAUCAGAAAUACUUCAAAAGUGAAAACAAGGAAGUGAUCUUUCAUUAAGUAUUCUAGAUUAUAUGAUACCUAAUUAAUCUAUGUCAGGUUUAAGUCUCCCUCAAAGGGGUGCCUGAGGCAAGACAUGACACCUUUCAUAGCUGUAAAAAUACAGAAGAUACUUAAAGUUAAUACUCCUACUCUCACAUCAGCUUAGCAUCAAGUUAUCAUAAUUGCUUACAUAAUAAGAUGAAGGUAUAGAUUUUUGAAGUAAAAUAGUUAUUGCACAUUAAAGGAGUCACAAAGCAAAAUCAUUUCUGUACAGCAUAGAGUAUUAGUGAUAGUCAAGGUGCUAAAAUCAUUGGUAAUGCAAAUGGGACCAACUUUUUGUUUGUAUUUUUAUUAUAAAUUGGUUUAUUUUGUCAUCCCCAGUACACAUACAAACACUCUACACUCAUCCUUCUUGUUGUUUGUGGAUGGCAACCUAUGAGUACCUCCAUCUAUACUUUCAUGAUCUAAUAAUGAAUGAAAUCUUUAGAUGCUGUAUUAAUUUACUUCACUGUUAUCUAUUUAUUAUUUAAAGUUACACAGUGUAGUAGGGAUUAGUACACUGCAGAGCAUCCUGUGCAUGCCCAGAUUGCUAGUCCCUGUCUCAUUAAGAGUUUCUCUCAGUCAUAUGACUGAUAUCAUUGAUUACACUACAUAUUUUGCCAGUGAUGUGAAUGAUCUUUUACUUACUUGUUUAAUCAUCAUAGAAUUUUGUUAAAAGUCUGCUGAAUCUUGCAUAUUGUUUCAGCUUGAGUAUUAUCUAGCUUUUGACAAAGUUUGAUGUAGUAAUGUUAUUAUAAAUACAUUCCACCAUUGAGUAUUAAGGAAAAAUGCAAUAAGCAUGUGUUGCAGUCACCCACGAGCUGUCUGGCAACAGCUGACUUACUCAUCAAGGCUGCUAAAGAAUCCUAUGCACAUUAAGGCCUACCACCACACCAGUUGCAACUGUUGCCCUUUGGCUUCAAAUGCUUUCUUUAAAAAAAUUAAAGAAAAAAUGUGAAUACUUGUUGAACAGUGUUUUAUAGUUUGGUGGUAAUAAAUCAUGGAGGGGCAGCACAGCAGUGUCAUCUUUGUUCUCUUUUAGUGGAGGAGGUGGGUGUCCAGGCUACCUUGGUGUGGUACCAGUCAUACACAUAUUACUUGGUGCCCUUCAUAGAACCACCACCACCAAAUGAAAAUUAUAAGUUUUGGUCACAUGAUCAUUUAUUAAGGCAGACUAGUAGUGACAGGGAAUCUGUUUUACUUUUAAACAAUGUUAAGGUAAUGAAAAUUAAAAUGAAAUUAGUGAUUCCUAGGCUGUGAUACAAUUUGUGACAUUUUCUUUGCAGUCUAUCAUAGUUUAUCACAUUGAUACCUAAAAGACGUAUCAUAUUUAUGUAAACCAAAGCUGUUAAACACAUUAGAUUUUUCUUUUGUUAUGAGUCACUGGUCUUGUGCAAGCAUGAGAAGCAGAAGAAGUGUCUGUUGGAAGCACUAAUAACUAGAAAGUUUUUGGCACAUGAAAGGACGACAUAGCCAAACUAAAGCUUGAUGUUUCUUCCUUUCCACGGUCAGCCGACCUUGUGUUAUUUCAUUCUUUCCUCCUUGUAUAGUGUUCAGAGGGAGGUUUUAUUAAUUAGCUAUCAAGCUGUUUGCUCAACUUCACUCAAUAGUUAAUAAGCCCCAAAAAAGAUGAUCAUUGAUUGCAGAAUGAGUAAACUCUUCUCAUUUUCUUGACUGGGAGCUUUAUUAAAUUGUAUUAUAUAAUUCAGAAAAUUACUGAACAUUAACCCAAGCAGGGUAGUGUGUAAUGCACGAGAAGGUAAUGGUAAAUCAUUGUCUAAUUGAGGUUGUGACAUACAAGACCUGUUCAGUCAUGUAAAUGAUUUUAUAGUAGCUGCCCCAAGGUGACUGGAGGUAAGACCAAAGCUUCACUGGGGGCAGGCAUGGAACUGUGCUGAAGGUUAUCUCUUGACAGAUGUGGUACUAAAUGGGAAUUUCAUAUAAAUUAUAUUAAGUGUUCAGUAUUUACAUCAGUAUUUCAGAUGACCACUACUAAUUUGAAAAUUAUAUAUGACUGAGUUGCUAACCCUUGGAGAUUGUAAAAGCAACUACAGCUAAUACAGUGUUAAGUGAAAAA